GACCUAGUUCUCCCACCCAACAGCCACGUGGAGUCCAGGUAGCUAGCUAGCUAUACCUAAAUUUCUACGUACGUAGAACUUUUGUGCUAUUCUCGGAAGUCUUGGGAAAGCUGCUCAUCUCUACAUGCAGCAUCUGCUUUUACAAUGAGCUCUACACCUACAGACAGUGAGGGUGGCAGUGACUGGGAGGGAGAGGAGGCCAUGGAUGUAAUGUGUCAGUGCAUAUUUUGCAGCAAGGAGCUCGAGCAAGGAGCUAAUGCUGUGCUGGAGCACUGCACUGUAGACCAUGAAUUUGACCUGAUGAGUUUUAUCAAAGAAAGAGGGAUGCAGUUCUACCUAUGUAUCAAGCUCAUCAACUUCAUUCGAAAAGAGAAUGUUUCUCCUUCCCAAGUUAUGAGUGCUGUGUCUCCAUUUCCCUGGGAAGACGAUUGCUACCUUCAGCCAGUUAUUGUUGAUGAUCCACUCCUGCAGUUGGACUUUGAACCCACCCCAGCUGACUCUAACCCCUCCUCUCACAGUGACGUGGAUUUGGGGUCACAGCUAACAGACAUGGAAAAACAAGUGGCAGUGUACAAAGAAGCACUGUCAAGAGCCCAUGUCGACCUUGAGAGUAUGAGGUCAGCAGUUCAGGCCAUUGUGUUGGACGGUGAACCUCAAUCCACUAGUGACUCAUCCUCCAUUGAUCUGGACAGUGAUGGCUACUUUCACUCCUACUCACAUCACUCCAUUCACGAGGAGAUGCUCAAAGAUGAGGUACGCACAGAAACGUACAGGAUCUUUAUAGAGAGAAACCCAGAGCUUUUUAAAGACAAAGUGGUUUUGGAUGUUGGGUGUGGUACUGGCGUGCUGUCUAUGUUUGCUGCUCAAGCUGGUGCCAAAAGAGUGUACGGAGUGGACCAGUCCAGUAUUGUCUACAAGGCUAUGGAUAUUGUGAGGGAGAAUGGCUUUGAAGACAGAAUCACUCUCAUCAGGGGGAAAGUAGAGGAAGUGCAGUUGCCAGUGGACAAGGUGGACAUUAUCAUCUCAGAAUGGAUGGGUUAUUUCCUUCUGUUUGAGUCUAUGCUGGAUACUGUGAUAUUUGCCAGAGACAAAUGGCUCAAGGACCAAGCUAGAGUGUUUCCAAAUGUGUGCAGCAUAAGUUUGGUUGCCCUCGGUAACAAGUAUGAUUGGGAUUCAAAGAUACGAUUCUGGGAUUGUGUAUAUGGUUUUAAGAUGAGCUGUAUGAAGGAGGAGGUGUUGAGAGAUGCCUCAGUGACUGUCGUGGACCAGUACUCCAUCAUCUCAUCCAGUGACACUGUCAAGAAGUUUGACUUAUCCACUACUGGCGUAUCUGAUUUGGAAUUUGAGGCGUAUUUUGAGCUCACUGUACAGAGUGACACACUUUGCCACGCUUUUGCUGGAUACUUUGACAUUGGGUUUGAGCAAGUGCCCAAUCUAGUGCACAUGAGCACUAGCCCUCGUGAUGAGCCAACACACUGGAAACAGACAGUCUUUUAUCUAGCCCAACCCUUUCAAGUUAACACAGGUGACUUGAUAAAAGGCAGUAUUCGGUGCAAUAAAAUCAAGUCUGAUCCACGGUCACUGGAAGUCACAGUAUCAUAUGAACUGGACUCAUUCAUUUCUGAGUCCCAACCAAUCAAAUCACAGCAGAAAUACUUCCUACGAUAAUUCUCCGGAUAUAUAUAAGCACUUUAUACGAUAGCUAUGUAUUUAACUUUAACAGAUUUUCUGUGCCAGCCCAUUGAUUUUUCUGUUCUUGAUAACAAAUGUGCAAGAGUCAUGCAGUUUAA